AUGUCUACCAACAAGGAUCCUGCCAGGGACAAGGACCAAGAUGUUGACGGCCCGCAGCCCACUGACCUCGAGAAUGCGAUGGCACCCACCGACGGGGGAACAAAGGCCAUCGAGGAGUAUGAGGCGAUCAAGUCAUCACAAGCAAGUGCUAAAGAUGAAGACACCAAUGAGAAAGCACAACCUCUAUGGGUAAAGGGUAGAAGCUCUAUCUAUUUGGAUGCCUUCAACCUUGCCCUGGACACCGUUUUAGAAGAGGAGUCUCAUCUCUUUGAUGAUAAGGAAAAUGAGGUCUUCAGACAAUGGCGAGGUCUGGACUAUGAAGCUCAAUAUCUCUAUGUUAGACUGUUUCUGAGAAAGACAGCGUGGUGGCAUCGCCAUAGUCGUCUUGGCUAUCACAACGAUAUCUCUGACCUUGAAGCUGCGAUAGGUUCUCUACAGUCGUCUCGCACUCUACCGACUGGCACCACUCCUUCCACAAACAGCGUUGAGGGCAUCGAGCUUGAAGAGUCAGGGCUUGGCGAGUCCUUCACUUUUGCAGAUGCAUCCGAAGACCACAUCAAGUCCGUGGAAGAAGCUGCUACCCUGUUAAGUCUCGACGAGUUGAAGGCUCUGGCGAAAGAAGCCAAGUUCCAAGGGCGCACAAAAACAGAACUCAUUCGUUCUCUUGUGCGGAUGAGCCAUCAGCAAACUGGGCUGAGGUCCCUGGGCCUUAGUAGACACAACAGCCGCGAUUCGAUAACCUCUGAAGAUCAAGAGAACAAGGAUCCAAAAGCGAUAGCCAAAACGAAAUUACGACGAGAAGACUCGAAUCGUGACCAACACUUCUUGGCAAAGAUUCUCGCCAUCUUGGGUCCCUGCGUUCGAUUAUCGCCGCCAGUGUUCAAGCUGUUUGAGCGUGUCCAUCUAGUCUUUUACAGGUCGACCGAAUGGACAGAGAAGUCUCUUACAACCAUCAUUCUUGCCAAAAUUGCACGGCGUCAUUACCCAGAGUACAUCGUUUGUCGAAGCUCGACAAUAUUUGCAUCGCGGAUGCAUCUACUGGAGUAUGAAAGCGGAAUUCGCCUAGAAGCCGAAGUCGACAGUAUCAUGGAAUUCAACGGACCACCUGGGGAAGAGGGUCACAAGAAGAUACUUGGAAUAUUUGAAAAGAUCUACCCUCGGUGGAAGGCCCUGGUCGAAGAGGAACGACAAAAAGAGCAGACCGUAUACGAUAUGGGCGAGGGGGCUUACUUGAGACGGUUCACGCCAGGUCACUCCUACACAAGAAUCGUUCACAAAGCCGCCCCCAUCUUUGGGAAACUCAAGGACCAUCUCAGGGAACAUGAACUACUCAGUGAGCUUCUCGACCAACGACUGUUCCAAAUGGCUAGGCGAGGUGGGUGGUAUCAGCGCAAAGCCCUGUUGGAAGAGCAUUACAUGCCCACACUAGACCCGAACCCCACGACCACAGACGUCGAGCAACAGAAGAAGUACUGGAAAAGAAUUGCGGUGGCCACGUGCGAGGCUGGGCUUCAAGACCCAGACUGUCAUCUGAUAUUCCAUUACGACCUUCAGAAACGGCUGGUCAAGUUGGAGAAGAAGCUGCGGAUUCCCCGUCGAUUACAGCACGACUUUGGCCAUGUCCACCUCGAGAAACCUGUGGAGCAUACCGUUGAAGGAGUCCAGCUCAAAAGGGAUGUUCCUACCAAGGUCGGUCGCCAGACCGUCUGGCUCGACGAGCUGGACUCCCAAGAAGAGUGCAGUGUCGAGGAGAUGUGCUUGAGCCAUUACAGGGCACAGGGCUGGAAAGGAUAUCACGCCGAGGGUGGUAUCAUCCGCACUCUUUUUGCGUAUCUCUUUUACGACAUCAUAUUCCUCUACAUCCCCAAUGUAUUUCAGACAGCAUACCAGAUGUGCCCUCUGGACCUGCACACGGAUGCCUUCUACCCAGCCAGGGCAUCAGAGAUCAACCACAGGCUGGUUGAAAUUACCAAUGGAGAAGGGCCACGGCUCCUUCGCCAAGUCUGGGAGAGGGAAAGCGAGAAGAAGACGAGCGUGGUGGGUCUCAAUUGGGACUUUGACAUUGAAGACCUCGUGGAGCUGGUGGAAUGCUUCGAGGGCAGUGCUCUCGCAGCCUUGUGCAAGGUCAUGGCUCAAGAGUACCGACAGAGGGGUGGUGGUAUCCCCGACCUGAUUCUCUGGCGGACCAGAGACACAACGGGGAACGGCGGCGACGGGCCGGCAAAGUCAAAAGGAGAAGUCAUGUUCUCGGAGGUCAAGAGCGCCAACGACAGGUUGAGCGAUACUCAACGGCUCUGGAUCCAUGUGCUCACGGGGGCAGGGGUCAAGGUUGCGCUCUGCAACGCCGUGGCAAAAGAGGUGAGGGAGGUGGAUUAA